GUUUAUUUCGGUGUUCAAUAAUUGCGUUAUAAGUUUUUGUAUUAUCGAUCCUUCGUUGAAACACCACGGAACACAACCAGAAAAUUGUAACAUACUAUAUUAUCCACUGGAAAGUUUCGUAGACAUGGCUACGUAGUUCAAUAUGUCUACAUUGUGUUGGCAUAGAGGCGCAUUGCCCAGCAAUGCACAGCAAUGUCACAAAAACGUAACUUCCAGCUGAUCGGAUGUGAGCAAUAACAGUUUUCAAGGCUUUUUCUGCCAAAGCAAUUGUUUUUUUGUUAUUCCGUUAUAAACUUUUUUAUCUUUGAUAUUGUCGAGAUAUUCGGACGUGAUAUAACUGCAUGUGCAGCCCGAAUUAAAUUUAUACUUCCAAUUAGCUUGAUAUUUUUUUCAAUCUAAGUGACGAAAUUUAAUUUCUACAAGGGCACUUUCGGAGUUUUUCACAUAUUAUUGAUUAUUAUAAAUUAUAACAAUACGUUACGUCAGGAUAUGUAAGUUUCGAGAUGUCUACGGAUUACGGCGACAGAUAUGUAUUUGAAGCCGAGUGGUAUGACCAAAUCGCCUGUAUGCUGAAGAAAUUUUAUCUGUAUUACUAUCCAUCCGAUAAUACUGUCGAAUUGUUUGACUUAAAAACAAAGAAGACUUUUCUAAGGCGGACAACAUGUGAAGGUAUCAAAGCUAAGGAUUUUUAUGUCGGUACCGUCAUAACAAUAUUUUCAAGAUGCAUCAAAAUUACGGGUUACGCAGACACCUAUACCAAAACCAAAUUAGAAACGCAACUACAAAAAGUUUUUGUACUGUUGAAACCAGAUGUCGUUGACAAAAUGGGUGAAAUAUUAAAGGCCAUUACAAAUUACGAUUUUCAUAUCGCAAAUAUAAAAAUGAUAAGAUUAACUGCAAAUGACAUUGAAGAAAGUUGUCUUGUAAAAGAUGUGGCUGAUAAGACGUCUGUUAUAAAUUAUCUUAUUUCUGGCCCUGUCGUUGCUUUAGAAUUAUUAGGAGGCAAUGGUAUAAUGAGAUGGCAAGAACUGGCAGGCCCAGAUGAUAGUGAACAUGCUCGUUCAACGGCAGCAUCUUCAUUAAGAGCUCUCUAUGGAAAAGACGAGAUACACAAUGCCGUACAUGGAUCCAAAGAUACCGAAACGGCAACACAGGAAUUGCGAUACUUCUUUCCAGACUUGAAGAGUAAAAAUAAAGGCCUGAAAAACACUGCGACUUUGCAGAAGUGCACCUGUUGCAUCAUCAAGCCACAUGCUAUACAGGAAAAGCUUCUUGGUGCCAUUAUCGAUGACAUUCAAAAAGCAGGCUACGUGAUCACCGCGGCACAACAAUUUUAUAUUAAUCCAAUUAAUUCCGAGGAAUUUUUAGAAAUAUAUAAAGGCGUUCUUCUUGAAUAUACCGCAAUGGUAGCGGAAUUACAAUCCGGUCCAUGCAUCGUUCUGGAGGUGAGUCGUAAAGACGAAAGCCCUAACAUCGUUGCUGAUUUCAGGAAUUUAUGCGGUCCAAUGGAUCCGGACGUUGCGCGGCAAAUCAGACCGAAUACGCUUAGAGCAAAGUAUGGGAAAACGAAAGUACAGAACGCUGUACAUUGUUCCGAUUUACCGGAAGACGGCAUACUAGAGGUGGAAUAUUUCUUCAAGAUACUCGAUGGAGUCUGAGUGAUCAAAUGUUUCGUAUAUAAUAUAAAUAGUUAGAUUUAAUAAUUAUUAAAUCUACAUUAUUUGAAAAUUUAUUUAUAUACAUUAAUACGAGAAAAUAAAUUUUUUUAAAUAAAACAAUAUCAAUUCAAAUAUAUGACGUAUUCUGAUA